UAAUUGGAUUUAGUGUAAACUAACCUAUCGGGUACUCCAACAUGAAUGUGUAGUUGUUAAAUCCUGUUCAGAAAUAACAAUGUCGGCCAAUACAGAGGCAUCGCUUCGGUGUCAAUUAAUGGGUGGAAGACUAUGUGUAAUUCAUUCAAAUCGGAUUUAUGAUUUAACUGAUUUCGCUGACAGACAUCCUGGUGGUCGGCAGUUAAUUGUUGAACAUGUUGGUAAGGACGUCACGGAGCUUAUGAAACAAGCGGCCAUUCAUAAACACUCACAGGCAGCAUAUAACAUCUUGGAACGACAUUAUAUCGGAGAGUACCAUAGCCUCAACAGUAAGGAGCAGACAACUAAAAAUGGGCACACAAAUGGAUAUAGAAAUGGCCAUACAAAGCAGCAUACAAAUGGCACAUCAACCAAUGGCACAUCAACCAAUGGCACCUUGACCAAAGCCACCACAACAAAUGGCACCUCAACAAUCAGCAAGAAGGGUCUUCCACAAUAUGAUGACCUGCUGGACUGGUCUCGGCCCAUAUUCUGGCAGGUGGGUUCGCUGGGCAAGAAAUACGAUGAGUGGGUUCACAGUCCCAUAGACUCUUCGCUUUGGCUGUUUGAGAAUGCCUUCGUGGAGUACUUUUCCAAGGCAUACUGGUGGACUGUUCUGGUCUAUUGGGUGCCCAUCUUGACCUACCUCGUCUGUAACGCCUGGGGACAGUUCGUGGAGAAGCCAUACAUGUGGAGCGUCCUGGGAUUGGGAGAAACUCAGGUGCCAGUGGUGAUGUUUCCAGUCCUGUUUUUCACAGGUUUUCUGCUCUGGACCCUGGAUGAGUACGUACUCCAUAGGUGGCUGUUCCACCGCAAGCCCCCAACCAACUCUAAGUUUCUGAUCACACUGCACUUCCUAUUCCAUGGACAACAUCAUAAGUCCCCCAUGGACCGUAACCGGCUGGUUUUUCCUAUUGUACCAGGUACACUGAUGGCCUUUCUCAUUUGGAAUGUUUAUCUCCUCUUUUUCCCGAUUCUUAUAACACAGAUUUUAAUGGCUGGCACAAUUCUUGGCUACCUUUGUUAUGAUCUGACCCACUAUUACCUGCACCAUGGGUCUCCGUCCCUUACAUAUUUCAAGGAUCUGAAAACAUACCAUGUGAAGCAUCAUUUCAAGGAACAAAAUCAGGGCUUUGGUAUUUCCUCCAAGCUGUGGGACUAUCCAUUUGGAACGCUGAUAAGAUGAGGCUCUGUACCAUCUAGAUUCUAGAAUCUACACAACCUGACAGCUGUGUCCUCUAUCUACAAACAUGGAGAUCUGAAGACUACAUUUAAACAUGCAAACAUGAAUAUGAAAUAUUCUUGUCUUUUCUUACAUAAUCACACUUAAUUCUUGAAAUCUCUUCCUUUAGCAUGGAAUCAUCAUAAACUGUCCAUCUAACAGUCCAUCCCUUACCAAUUCCUCUUCAAAACAGUUUCCAUUAUAUCUGACUAAAGUAGGGCCCAAAAAGUCAUCAGUUCUUCAAAAGGAACAGUUUUUCCUUGUAUCCCACUUAGAUAGGGUCCAAGAAGUAAGCAGUGCUGGAAUCACUUUAUCUGUCAGCUCUGGAACUUGUCUUAACUUUAAAUCCACCAGAGUUAAUGGAUUUUGAACUUAACUACUGGUAUAUUAGACCCUGUGUGGUGCACUUGAACUAGGCUGCUACAUGUGUUUUACUAUAAGAUAAAAAUGGUCGAACUACAGCUCUAUAUUUUGAGAGCUCAAGGACGGUAUCAAAGUAUUUGUCUAGACUGUUAUCUUAUCUUUGAUCAGGCAGUUUGAAAGCCAUAGAGUCACAUAAAACCAUCUUGUCCCUUGCUCAAAGGUCAAGGUCACAUUUAGAGGUCAAAAAUCUAAUAUGGCCAUUAUAAAUUUUUCUAGACUGUAAUAUGGCUUGUUAUUGACUUUGAUAUGCAAAAAAUUUACAAACUUUCUUUAUUACGACAUUUAGUUGUGUCCAAACAUGUCAUAGAGUCAUUGAUGUCUGUUUCAAGUCUUUUGUCUUAAUCCUGUUUUUGCCCAUAUGUCAAAGUCAAAGAUAUAUUUUAUUAUAAGAUAUAGUUAGAUUUGGUCAGAUAGUUGUUCUUGAAAAAAUCUGGGUUCUUAUUACCAAGUUAAAACUCGAUAAAGUUGUAGCCAUCAAGGAAAUUUAAAAGGACCAUCAACCGCGUUUGACCAAAAAAAAGUUCUAAAAUACCGUAUUUUUUACAAUUAUUAGUAUAGAUUGAUUAAAAUAUCACGACUGGUAUAUUACAUUACUGGAAAAAAAAAAAAAGUUUUCAUAGUUUCAGUAUAUUCGGUAAUAAAUUUUACUGGGUACAGGUACCAGGUAACUACCAGUUAACUUUAAAUAACGCUAGUAGAUUGAUCAUCAUCGUCACGUGGAAAACACAGGAAUGCAAAUUGUGCAUGCAUAGUGAAUUGUAUAUAUUUUAUAUGUAAAAUGAUCAAUCUACUUGCGUUAUUUAUAGUGUGUAUAUCGUUAUGUCACAUAUUUCACGAUGAACUUUUGAUUUCAUAUGCAAAAUUUUAUCACCGAAUAUACUGAAAAUAUUUUUUUUUUCAAGUAAUGUAAUAUGCCAGUCGUGAUAUUUUACUAAUUAUAUAUAUUUAAGAAAUUUUCUUUUUUCGUCAAUCGCGGUUGACGGUCCCUUUAAGUUGUGGUCAAAGUAUUGGUCAUCUUUGAUCAAGUAAAACACAAAGUUAAAUGACACCACUUCCUAGUGAAUUAUUUCUUAGUUGAUGUUGCUAAAUUGUAGAAAAUUUUGACUUACAACUAGGAAAGCUAUAAUUUGCGUUUUGGUAUCUCUGGUUACUGUAUAUGCUAACAGCAUGCUAAAUCAUAGUACAUACAACUUCAUUAAUCUACAUCAAAUAAUGGUUUGAGCAAACUGGGUAUAGCUACUAUUUUGAACAUUAAAACAUCAUUGUUCAUGGUAUUUUCUUGAAUAAAGUGCAUGGAAAAAGAAUUAUAUUGGAUUAUUGUGGACAAACUGUGUCAUUGUUAUGUAAUUAAAUAUUUAAUACAUAGAGAAUUUAUUUUAUUUAAAACAGAGCUUUUUUAUCUUUUUAAUCAUAUCAAGUUUUUGCUUUUGUAAGAAAAUCAAGAGUAAUUAUCAGGGAUAUUUAGUCCAGAGGAUUUUGUUUUGAAUAUCAUAAUAAUUAUUAUUUAUUAAUUGAUGAAAGAUAUGUAUUCAAAAUAUAUUAUGCACAUAUUUGUACAUUUGUUAAACAUGUUAUUUUAUUUAAUGACAAUACAUGUAAUUGUAUGCAAUCCAUCAUAGUAAUUGGGUUAUUAAUUUAUGAAUGGCUUCCUUAUAUGUAAAAUUUUGGUAAUUUGUAUUGUGUAUGCAUAGCUAGUAAUGCCUUGGUAUUUAUUAUUGGAGCCUUAUUCUCUGAAAACUGCUCAAUGCAUGUGUAUAAAGUGUCGUCCCAAAUUAGCCUGCACAGUCACACAGGCUUACCACAGACAACAAUAUACUCCUAGACUGGAUAUUCCUUUAGAAGAGACUUUUUUUUUACAAAAAAAAUACCAUACAAGUAGACUGGCUUAUCUAGGACGACACUAAGCCCGGUUUUCACAGAAAGAGGCUCAAAGGUACACUGUUGGUAAGAUGUAUUUUGUAUGCAUAGUUAUUAAACACCUUGGUAUUUGUUAUUGUAAACGAGAUUGGUUUUUAUUGUAAAACAGAUGCAAAUAGUGAUUAGUUGUUGUUAACUCUAUGUCAUCCUCUGUCUAUAGAGAGUGCUCCCAUUAAAGAAAGCAAACUCAUCUGUUGAUACAGAAUACUUUGAACUACAGACUUGUUCACAGAUAAUUAACCCUUUCCUACUUUAAAGAAAAGUGAAAGUGGCUUUGUGCAAAUUUGCUGCUCAUAAGUAUCUAAGGUUUAGAGAUGAAGCCUUAAAAACUUGAAUAUAGUAAGAAUGGUCUUGAAUUAAAUAUUACUUUAUAAGGGACUACAAAUGCGUGAAAAUUCGUAUCUAAGUGGUAAAGGGUUAAGUUUGACUUGUUCUUCACAUUCUUAGGAUUAUAUCGACCAAUCACACAAAGGUUAACUGCUUACAAGCCAUCCAUUUACAUCCAUAAAUACUAGAUAUGCAAGUUGUUACAAGAGUUUUCUUUCAUUUUCCAUCUUUAUAGUAUAUAGAAUGUCUGAUUUAUGUGCUGUGUGUUGUAGUUUGACUUGCUUUUGUGUAGCAUCAAACACAUCUCAAUCCAAGUUUGUUUGUGGAAACGUUUGAAUUUUAUUUGUUUUCUAAUCAUGUUUAUUUGUUAACUGACUUGAAUAUUAAUUACAAAUUAAAGUGACUCAAUGCUGUACAUUAUACAAUGGAACAGAUGCUGCAUUCUUAUAUGUUAUUGAUGUUUUGUUAUUUAACUGAUAAGGGCAUUGUUUUAAUUUUCUGGAUCAAUUAUUGACUUCAAAAUACAACUGACAUUCAUCUAAGUUUAAAGAUUGCUUUUGUCAAUUUUUAUUAUGUCCCCCACCCACUAUAGUGGGGGACAUAUUGUUUUUGCCCUGUCUGUUGGUUGGUCUGUUGGUUUGCGCCAACUUUAACAUUUGCAAUAACUUUUGCAAUAUUGAAGAUAGCAACUUGAUAUUUGGCAUGCAUAUGUAUCUCAUGGAGCUGCACAUUUUGAGUGGUGAAAGGUCAAGGUCAUCCUUCAAGAUCAGAGGUCAAUUAUAUGUGGCCAAAAUCACUUAUUUUAUGAAUACUUUUGCAAUAUUGAAGAUAGCAACUUGAUAUUUGGCAUGCAUGUGUAUCUCAUGGAGCCGCACAUUUUGAGUGGUGAAAGGUCAAGUUCAAGGUCAUCCUUCAAGGUCAAAGGUAAAAAAAAAAGCGGCGCAGAAGGGGACAUACUAACUUUAAUAAUAUAAUACUUUCAUUCCUGCCCUUGAAGGUGGCAUUUAGCUGUCACAGUGUCUGUCAUUGCGAGUGUCCAUUGCCCAUCUGAAAACUCCUGUCUCAUUAAUAACUUUGCCAUAUAUUGAUAGAUUUAAGAAAACAAUCUCUUCCUUAAAAGUUAAGGUCACACAUAGAGAAUAAAGGUCAGAUUUUAACUUUACCAUAUGCGUCUUGUUCUGAGAAAACUGGGCUUAAUUCUUGUGCGUAAAGUGUCAUCCCAGAUUAGUCUGUGCAGAUGCACAGGCUAAUCAGGGACGGCACUUCUGCUUUAAUGAUAUUUUUAGUUUCAAGGAAGUCCCUCCUUACCAAAAAUCAAGUUUAGGCGGAAAUUGUCCUCCCAGAUAAGCCAGUGCGAACUGCACAGGCUAAUCUGGGACGACACUUUACGCACAUGCAUUAUGACCAGCUUUCACAGAACAAGACACAUAUAUAGAUGAAUUUUAAAAUAUGUGGAAUAAAUAUUAACCAUAAUAGACCUCAAAGGUCAAGGUAACACUUAUAGGUCUAAGUUAAAUUUGAUAACAAAUUUGUGAUGCGGGGUCGUCUGUGUCCUAUCAACACAUGUUUUGUGUGAUUUUAUUUCAAUACUUGGAAAACGCAAUUCUUUUGCAAAGUGUUAGUUGACAAAAUGUAUUUUGGUGUUGUUCAAGAAGGCAUUGUCAAUAUCAACAUAAUUGUUGUGCAUGACAUAACGUACACAUUUUACAGAAUCUUCAAGCUCUUGGUUUAAAAAGAAUACUAGAAUGUUAAUGAUACGUUUUUUUCUGCCUCAACACCCCAGCUGUCCCUGUCUGCAAGUGAAACAUAUUAAUGUAUGUAACAUAGAUCAUUUACUAUGUCAUAUCAGAGUUUUCUUUGUAAAAUAUAUAAUGGCAAUUUAUUAUCAAAUGUUUAAUCUUUAGUUCAAAUAAUAUAUAAGUAUAGUUGUUAAAAUAGUAUUAAUUGCAGGGAUAUCACUGGGUAUGGAUAGAAUGGUUGUUAACUUGCCUUAGAUAAUGAAAUUUGUUUUUCGUUAUUAUUUUGUUAUGUUUAAAGUACUUAUUAUUGGAUUCAUGUUAUUGUUAAAGAUUUAUUUGAUACAGACUUUAAACAUUCCAAACCAAUGUGUAUUACAAACAGGUACAUCUUUAGGUUAUUCAGGAUCAUAUGAAUAUAAUCAUACAUAACAUCUUCAAUUCACUAUUUUGGGUCCUGUGGGUUUAAAACCUAGGCCAAUGGGUCAAAUUAAAGAAAAUGCUUGUGAGCGAUCUAGACGCCACCUUUAUUAACCAAUCUUCAUUGAUCUUGGCCAGAACAUUUGUUAAGAGUCAGUGGGUUGGUCAUGUGACACCAGUGGGUUGGUCAUAUGACACCAGUGGGUUGGUCAUGUGACACCAGUGGGUUGGUCAUGUGACACCAGUGGGUUGGUCAUGUGACACCAGUGGGUUGGUCAUGUAACACCAGUGGGUUGGUCAUGUGACACCAGUGGGUUGGUCAUGUGACACCAGUGGGUUGGUCAUGUGACAUUCAUGAUAUGACUCAUUUGCUGAAAAAUAUGUGAAAAGUCAAUCUAAGUCAUGUUCCAAAACUGGGUCACAAACUGGGUCUCUUGUUAAAAUGAUAGAAUAACUCAUAAGGCUAAUUAAAUGCCCAAUCUUCAUUAAACUUGGUGAGAAUAUUUGUUCACAGCUAGCCGCUUGAGUUCGAAACUGGGUCACCAAGGUCAUUUCAUCAAAUGUUAAAUAAAAGUUGUGAACACAUUUGUUUGCACAAAUUUUUAUGAAACUUGAUCACAACAAGUGAGAUCUGCAAACUGUGAUAUGCUUCCUGUCCUUUGACAAAAAUUGCCAACAUGAGGUGGGAAGUUUUACUUUUGUGGCUGUCCUUGAACCACAUGAAAACUCCAAGCCACUUUUUUUUACUCAUUAGUUUAAAAAAAAAAUGUGGUUUGUUAAAGACCAUGGUUGCUAGCAGAAUAGUUUAGUUCCUUGAGGUCUGUGGUGAAUGCCUUAGGGCCAUUUGCCCUCUUGUGUGCAUGAUUGUUAUGUUUCAAUAGGUAAAAUGUUCAACAAUUAAUUGUGUGGUCUUAGUAAAUACGAUAGCUGAUGAUGAUUCUUGAAAGAAAUGAGGUGUUUACAUAGUAUGUAUACCAGUCAUUCAAACGAUUACUGUAUACUAGUAAUAGUAGGAGUUAGCUCGUUUAUUCUUAUAUAUAAUAUGAGCAGCAUUUAGAAAGAAUGGGUCUUAUGUUGUAUAUGGCAUUUGGGAAGGCUGGUCAGGAGCUACCCUUUCUGCAAGGAAAUCUUGCGAGUACACAUGCUGAUAUGGAGUUAUGAGAA